UUAUGUAUCUAACAACAUAUAAAAAUCGAAUGUGGACCUACUUAUUUUUCAAUUGAAUGUAAUUGACUACCUAAUUGAGUGCCACCUAUGCAUUGGGGCCUCUUUUAAUUAAUACAAAAUUGAGGUUACAUCUUUUCAAAUGUUCCUCAAUUAAUAUAUAAGGGAUUUCGUGGAAAGCCAUUGGGUUCCAGUACAUUCAUGCUUAGAUUGAUUGCAGGAACCUAUAACAAUAGCAAAGAUCAUAAUAGAAAUAACAGCCGAAGAACAAUCCGAGGAACCGUAGAUUUUUCUGAAGGCGACUUCGAAAGAAUGACAACCAGAGCAAAGUUGACAAGGUCAAGCUGUUCCAGUGAAUCCCUAUUUAACGAUAAGAGGCCAGCGGUCGAAUGCUUCAAUGUGAAACUAGCAGAAGUAAGCAGAGGGUUAAUGGCUCGACUCAGAACGUUGAAAUGGCAAGAAACGGUGGUAGCCAUCAACAUGCACUAGGGGUGAAAGGAUCCAGAUCUGUAGUGAAGAAGAAAUGCAUGGAAACAACAUAAAACCCCCUUCAACAAGCCAAAGCACUGUAAUAGAUAUGUAAUCAAACAAAAGGCCAUGGUAGCUGUUGUGAAAUCAGAACGAAAAGGAAGUCCUCGGCAAUGUCCUCAACGUCGCUUUUUGUCUCAGAUCCUAGAAUCUAAAUGGAAAAAAUCUUAUGGAGCAUAGAUAAAGGAAACAGAGGAAAAACAGAGGAGGCAGUUAAUUGCCCAGAGAAGCUACGACAACGAUGCACAACGACUUUGGCAAACCUUCCAAGAUAGAUCUGACCCAUAUCUAGCAAAGUUGAAAUCAAUGGCGACAAUCUGGUGAUUGUCGAGCUCCGGUUAUCUAGAGAUAAUCGGUAGCGAGUUGUAAUCAUUUCUGGAGAUUCGAUUAUGUUAUCGAUAAAGUACUACGUUGAUCUUGAGUUCGAGUUUAGAUCAUAACAGGCUCAGACUGUCUGUGUUAGUGUGUUUGAUAAUGUUGCAAACUUAGAUGAGAAGCUACACUCUUGGACAACACGUAAUAAUAUUUUAGCUGUUAAUAUCAGUUGUUGCUGUCUGUGUUAGCUGUUAAAUUUCAUUUGUUGCUGUCCUUGCCAAUCAAAAAUCUAUAAAUAUAACUAAAUGUUUGGAAAAGCACCUUUCAGAAGAACGUGGCGCCUCAAGGAUCGUCAUCAGUGCACAUGAAUUAGCUUACUAAGUCAUAUUCUUUGGAGAAUCUAUUGUGGUAUUUGAAGGUUGGAAGAAUUCUGCAAUUUACCAGAUAUGGAAGUGAUUCAGAUAAGUAACAGAGCCACACCCUCUUUUUCUGUUCAUAGGAGUAUGUGUAUUGAAUAAACAUACACUCCAUUAUAUUUAAUAGCACAAUUGCAAGUAUACAAAUACAUCAUUUUAUACAAUAAUUUUCUUUUUCAUAUAAAAGUUAGAAGUGCUAUGUGUUUGUGUAAUAUUGAGAUUCUCAUUAUGGUGUGCGGUUUAGAUGAUGUGUAGAAAAUAAUAUUCCAACACUUUUUAAGUUCAACUAAGAUAAAAGAAAACUUUCCUCAACUCCAUGGACAAUGCAAGAGUUCUCGGCCGAAUAUCAUAGAGGAAGAAGAAGAUGCAUUUAGAGGUUGAAGAUCUAUAUACUUUGUUUCUUUCUUUUUGGCUACUAGAUUGUAAUUUGGUUUAUUGGAUAAGGUUAUAUGUUUUUUUCCUGCAGCUUACAAGGAAGAAAAUUCAAGAGAGCCCUCCAAAUCAGUCUUUCCUCACCCAAUAGAGACUUUACAGAACAUUUUAAAUGUGUUUCGAAUGAUUUAGGAGAAGAGUCUUACAAGCACCAUCCGACAAUAUCAACUUCCAUUGCAAAAGUAUAUGGCCUUGAAGUAAAUUCAGGUAAUAUCUUGUCUAUUUAAUAUGCGACAUUGUGUUAGAAUAUCGCAUAACUGAGUCUCUUACUAGAAUAAAGAAAACAGGAAAGAAAGGAGAGAUUGACUGGUCAUGUUCAAGAGCCUCUACAUAACGUUUGAACUCUAACUGUUGGUUAAAUAUUUUCAGGCGACUUGAAGGUUUAUUCAUCAGGUUAAAAGAAAAGUGUUGCAUGUAAUUGUAUCCUAUGAUUUUCACUCUGUAUCUUUUACUCAUGCAUAUCCUUCAUAUUCAAACUGGGAAAAGAUUCUAGAUGUGUUGAAAAAUUGACCCUGAAGGAAUAUAGAGGUUAUAGUUGUUAUAGACGGCAAAAAAAUUUUAGGAUUAGGUGAAUUUAGAUGUAAGUCUGGACCUCUGUUUCCUUGUUUAUUUUAACGAGAUAUCUUCCUGGACAAGAAAGGGAAGUCGAUCACGACCAAGUAAUUUAUGCAAAUACCUCAUUGUUAGGUAACUCUGCGGAUAUUACUUCAUUUUGAGUUCAAUAUAUUCUGGAAAGAUACUGAACAGAGUUGGUGUUACUUUUAGAGAUGGGUGUGCAUGUUUGUAAUUUGACGUUACAUUGAGCAGUAGGAGUUGUUCGUCCUUCUGCUAUAAAACAAAGUUUAACAAAUUGCUAAAAUAAUUUACGAAACAUAAUUAAUAAUUAAUAAAAUAUUAAAAUUAAAUAAAAUUUAAUAUAAAUUGCAAAUCUAAUGUAAACUGAAACAAACAUAUAUUAUAAAACAUCAUUUGUUGUUAAAUAAAAUAUAUUAAUUACUAUCUAUGACAUUAUUGAAACUAUUUAUAUAGUACUUUAAAAUAUAUUUGUUUAUAUAAUUUUAUCACAUUAAAUUAUAUUUUUAAUUGAUUUAGCUUGGAUAUGUAUUAAUUAAUAUCAUGAAAAAUAAUUAAUUUAAUAAUAUUAAAAUUAAAAAAAAACUCUUAAAAAGCAUCUGUUAUUUUUUACUUUUGAUUUUCUUUAACUAUAUCAAAAUUAAAUAAAAAUCAAAAGAAGAAGUAUAAAUCAUUACAUUUUCCUUAAUUUUGUUUUAUUUAACAGUUUUGUUAGUUAAAAAAACUUUAUUUCAACUUGAACCAACAACAUUUAAUUUACAAUAUAAUCUUAAAAUAAAAAUAUCUAUUAUUUUCAGUUUAAAUAAUUUUUCAAAUGUUUUGAAAACUAAAAUAUAUUUUAAUAUAUAAUAUUUUUAUGUUAGAUUCACCCGCCCGUAAAGCGGACCAACCCUUAGUAUUAUAUAUUUUCAUACAAUAUUUAUACCAGCGAAUUCGCGAACAACCACUUAGUAUUUUAAAUUUGAUGUAAUUUUCUAUCUUAUUUGUUCAAAUGAAGAUAUGGAUUUUGGUCAUUUCGAACUCGACUUUUCCGGGUUACACCCUGGAAGUUCGGAGAUGUUUGACACACUCUACCCUUCUCGAAAAUGAAAUUACAUGCUUGGCAUUUGCGUUUUGAAAGUUACAUUUCCUUCUAGCACAAUAAAAAGUCUCAGUCUGUUGAUUUGUAUUUGAAAAUUGUCAUAUAUCAAACGCUUCCUCUAUAAUUUGGUGGGUAUCUCAGGCUCUCUCUCUAUUUAUUUCAUAUGAAAAUCCAUUAUCCUAAAUAAUAGAUACAUAGGUAUAAAGCCACGAAAUCGAUAUCGCAGGAACAUGGAUAUCCACGAAUGGACCGUUACAAGAACUUCCAAUAACAUCUAGCCUUUUCUUUGGGUCAAACAUAUAGAGUCAGUGAGUUGAUGAUGAAGCCCUCGUGUUGCAUGUAGUAGCUGCCAAACACUAACAUAUCCAAAUCCACCCAAUGAAUAAAUAAUUUGAUUCGCCUUUUUGAAUUCAAUUAUGUCAAAUGCGGUAGGUCACGACUCACGAGGACAUAACAUCAAUAAUUUUUGGACGCUUUGGUUUUUCGAUUUUAGUCUACUAUUAUCUAUGAAGUUUUUUUUUGUUAACUAGGAGGAGUUAUAUAUAUGAGGUCUUUGUCUCCUCAAAGGCCCGGAACCAACCUUUGUUGAUACCAUCUAUAAGGUCCGGUGGCUGUAUGAAGUUUUUUUUUUUUAUAUUUGAAAAUGAUAGAACUAUCGAAAGCUUUCAUGCAGAUUUGUUAAGAUGGAGAUGCUUGCUAAUAAGUCACAUGUGGUCCAUGUGAAUUUGCUCGUUUGAAUAGUUAAAUUUAAUAGAUACAAUAUGAAAAGUUUAUAGUCUUAAAGUAUAUUUGAAAGAAAUCAAUUUAUUUAAUUUACUGCAGUAUAGCCACUUUUAAGAGAAAGCAUGACAUAUGAGGUGGUACAUAUAUAGGGACAGUCUUUAUGCUAUUAAUGAUAAACAACUAAACAAAGAACCAUUAGUUGCACUUGUCUCAAACAUUUUUGGAUUUUGUUCAUUUAGUCUUUUUUCGUUGUUGCUUUUUAUGGGUACGUUCAGUUCAUCUGUAUAUAUGCAGCCAUUAUCUACAGUGGUUGCAACAAAUGCAGAUGAAUGUGUUCCCAAAUACUUUUACUUUUUUUUUCCCACGGCUAACUCAAAUAUACCAGUAUAAUAUUAUGUAGAAGUGUUAGAAAAUGUGUUUUUCCUUUCAUGUUUUUUUUUUGUUUUUCCAUUUUCUUUCUGUUCUUAGGAAUUAUAAUUUGCACUAAUCUCAUACAAGUUCUUAAAUUAGUUAGUGAGGAAUAUUUUAAACCAGACUAAAGUACCUACAAGUUAAGAUUGAACUGGACCAAAUUAUCAUGAUUGAGACCAUUACAUUAAUAUCAUUUAUAUACAUGUUGUUCAUGGUUUCUUAUACUAUAGAUGGGAAACAUUUGAUCCUCAGAAAGAAAAAAAUGCCAAAAAUUACACAUUAUAUAUAUAUAUUUAUGGAAUGUUGGAGCACAUUUUUUAUAUAAAAAAAUUCAUACAAGUUGAUUGUAACAUGUAUCUCCAUUGUUAUUUUGGUUCAGUUCAUAUAAGAGAUGGUAGGUUGUUAUAAUUCAUCUUCGGCGAAUGGUAGGGUCUUAUACAAAACAUGUUUCACCAAAAAGAAAGAAAACAAAAUGGUUUCUAAAAAGACAAGGCAGAAGCAUGUGAACUUCAUCCAUUAGCUCCACCGGAUAUGUUCCUCAAACUAUUACUCUCCAGUGGCUUGCAGUUACAAACCCUUUUAGUUCGCUAUAUAUACUUUACACAUUUAGAGAAACUUGCUUACAAAACCUAAUACAUUUCUAUAGAAUCCCAAGAAUUCAACUUUUCAUCAUCCAAUAUUUUUUCUUUCAGUAUCCCCCUUUUAGUUACUUGCAUUAAUCCUAAAAGAUGGGUAUUCAAUUGAUUGGACUAUCUCAUGCCAAGCAAAAGCUUCAAAGAAGCUUAUCAGCAAAAAUCGCAAGCCUCUUGGCCAUGUCGGGUACUAAUAAUGUCCCAAAGGGUCAUGUGGCCGUCUACGUGGGGGAGACUCACCAAAGGAAGAGAUUCGUGAUACCUAUAUCAUAUUUAAACCAUCCAUUGUUCCAAGGUUUGUUGAACCUCGCAGAAGAAGAGUUCGGGUUUGACCACCCCAUGGGAGGUUUAACCAUUCCUUGCACUGAAGAUUACUUCACUUCUCUAGCUUCGGUUCUAAGUGGUUCAUGAUAUGGAGCUCACUGAUCAUCACAAUAUUCAUUAUAAUUCUUAUACACAUAUUUUUUGUAUUUUCUUUAAAUGUAUCUAAGGAAGUGGAGAGAAAAUUACUCGAGAUUGAGAUACUGUGUAUAAGUGAGUCUCUUUCAGUUUUGGAUCUUGAAAGAUCUUGUGAGUUAUUUUAACCAUUCUAUUUGUAAAUAAAAAAACACUUCCUCAAAAA